AUGCUGCUGUGUCACUUUCACUUGGAAAAUAGGUCUUCUCCAUUCUACGUGACAAUGGCGAGCGUUACCAGUUACCGCUCAACAAGCGGCAAAAUAUCAGACGAGCAGCAGAAAUCUCUCAAAAUUACACGAAUUCAAUCCCCAAACACCAAACCCGGCACCCUGAGUUUCUCAGAUCCUUUCGGGCCUCCUCAGUCUUCGGACGGAGGGGGCCCAUCCACCCCCCAACCCGCCAUGACCACCCAAGAGUUAGAUCACCACCAUCAUUUAGGGGGUUCUCAAACCCCUCAUGAUAUAUCUAACUCGACAAACUCUACUCCGACUAAUGUAUCAUCAAAAUCGGCCUUCAUAGAGCUUCAGCAACAUGGCUAUGGUCCUUUCAAAGGUGGAUACCAGCAUCCCCAUCACUUUGGAAGUCCAGGUGGUCAGCAGAAUCCUCAUGAAGCGUCAGGGUUUCCAAGUCCUAGGUCCUUAGGGUAUCCAUUUCCACCCAUGCAUCAAAAUACGUAUGGUUAUCACUUAGGUUCCUAUGCCCCACAAUGCGCAAGUCCGCCAAAAGAUGAAAAAUGUGGUCUGUCAGAUGACCCAGGUCUACGAGUGAAUGGGAAAGGCAAGAAAAUGAGGAAGCCUCGCACAAUUUACUCCAGUCUUCAACUACAGCAGUUGAACAGAAGAUUUCAAAGGACUCAGUAUCUAGCCCUCCCCGAGAGGGCAGAAUUAGCGGCAAGCCUCGGACUAACCCAAACUCAGUUUCAUGAGAAG